UUUUACGCUGGAUUUGAAUGAACGAAUGAGCUUUGCACGUGACAUCUGACUUUGGAACAGAGCAAAUUCGAGGACGUACAGUGUAGGGGAGUCUUGGGAAAAUAACAGGAGCAAAUCGUGGUUAAGACCAGGCCCAAGUCGUACCCUCUGCAUCAUUCUGGUAAACCACUCGAGGACAGAAAAUGUUGGAAGCUGUAAGUCGAGAUCCCGAAUUCCCGGGUCAAGAUCAUGUAACGAUUUUUCAUGAUGUUGAUGAAGAUAACAAAGGUUUCUUGUCAAGGGAGGAUGUGAAAGUGGCUGUGGUCAGACUUUUUGGAUACAAACCAUCAAAGUUUGAGGUUGAUGAGCUGAUGAAAAAUAUUGAUGGACCUGGUAUGACAUUGAAUGAGUUCAAAUCUGCAAUGAAACCCAAAUUGGCAGCACAAGACCCAGAUGAAAAAAUCAGGCAAAUAUUUGUGGCAUUUGACUCUAAAUGUAGAGGGUUUCUUACCCUUGAAGAUGUAGAGAAAGCCUGCAAGUUGGUUGCUCCAAAGAUCCAGCCUCACCAUAUCCAGAAAGCAUUCAGUGAACUAGAUGGAGAUGGUGAUGGUCGUGUAAGCUACAGAGAUUUUGAGUUCAUGAUGAAGUACACUCUCCCUGCCGGAAUAUGAAAGAUCAUUUGCAAUGCUUCCGUCUGUGAGCUGUGCACACUUGUACGAUUUGAAUGGUACAAAGCAAAGACAGGAGAUCCCUGAAUGCAUUGGUAACAGCAUAGCAUGGAUCUCCAGUACUGCAGUGCAGGCCAGGCCAGUGAGGAGAGUGAUAAUCUUCAAUGGAAUACAAGCUCAUUGGUAGGCAGAAUGUAUCUGUGAGGAUAGUAUGGCAGUGAUACCGAUGAUUGCAUCUUCUUUCCAUGAACAGGGGGGCCGGUUUUUUAGCAAAAAUCCUUAACCAAAUAGCCCCUGAACCGCCUGAGACCGCCCUUCCUGUUACACACUGAACCGCAAUUAACCACCCGUACGUUUUAUCUGCGCUAUAGUAUCUCUUAUAUAUGAUUUACCGUGCUAAUAUUGCGUGUGCAUACUGUAUAGGUUGGCUGCUAUAUAGAUGUGCAUAGAAAAGUGUAUGCUCGUAUUGAGUAUAAUAGAGAAAAACCGACUGACACGCAUCGGUGUGUAGCAAGUUCUAGACUGUCGCGCAGUCGAUCUCAGCAAAGAUGGCUGCGUCCACGUCUCGGAAAAUCACUUACUUUGUCGAAGAGUUUUGAUGAAGAGUUCAUCGAAACGUUGGAUAUCACACAGAGUGACAUCGAAAUCGAUAUGGACGAGUCAGAUGUGAGUUGGAAAUAAUUUUUGACAUAUUUUAUCCCAGAUUUGGCGAAAUUUUUUAUUUUAUUUUCAUUCUGUCAGUAAUACUUAUAUUUUUUUGAAGGCGUGGGACUGGGGCGGCUGAAAAUCUAAACUUUUGCUUUUAUUUCUCAAGGGUCAAAGGUCAGUAUUCGUACAUCUAAUUGAACUUUGCCAUGUACCAUUUUAUUCAACAGGUCCUACGCUACAAAAUAAAUAUAACUUGUAAUGAACAAAAGUAAAUUUAUAAAAAACUGUUUCAAUUUGUUUGGAACAAUGCCUACAGAUUACCAGUUUUGUUUCCUCUAGUGAGAGAUUGCCUUUACGUGUCUAAUCUGUAGGUGCUGUAGGGUUAAAUCAUAGUGAAACAGUUUAAUUAGGCCUUCUUGAUUUCCUUUUCUGCAUAGAAGUAUAGUUAAACUCCUGGUCAUCUGAUCAUUUUCCUGACAUCGCUUGUUGAAAUAUUCUAAUUCACUGAUUUAAUUGGGUUUUGUUAACUCAAGAAUGUGUGCUCAUUGAUGUGGGUGGUCCAUGUCUUAGAAUGAGAUGCUAUAAUGUGUGUGUGAAAGUAUACAGGAAGUGAUGAAUUUGAACAGUUGGAAGACACUGGAACUAGUCUUGUGGCUAUGAAAAUUCAGUGGCUUCUGUGAUAAACAUGUACAUGUGUGUUUUCACUCUAAUCUACCAUUGCUGCUCCCAAGUUGUGUCUCGGGGUUGGCAAUUUCCCCGGAAAUGCUGGGAAAACUUGUAAAUGUUUGGAAAUACUUAAGAUGUACAGGGAGAUGCAGGGAAGUGGUAGAAUAUGCUUAAGAAAC